CUAUUAUUAAAAAAACAAACGUCAAGCUGACGUUUAAGUUGUUGGAUGUGGACACGUAUUAUAUGUUUUGAAUUGUGAAAUAUAACUAAUUUCAGUGAAAUUAUUGUAUAUCGUGAUCAUUUAGUCUAAUAGAAACCCAAAUACCGUCGUUUUUUAGGCAAGGAAGUGUAAUUUUGGACCUCUGUCAGCAUGGCGGGCGUGGAACAGCCAUGCUACACUUUGAUCAACUUCCCAACAGACUCGGAGCCUCACAAUGAGAUGCAACUUAAGAUUGAUUUGGAGAAGGGUGACAUAAAAAAGAAGAUAGAAGCACUAAAGAAGACAAUCAGCAUCAUUCUGUCUGGUGAGAAGAUCCCUGGACUGUUGAUGAUCAUUAUCAGAUUUGUGCUCCCACUCCAGGACCACACCAUCAAGAAGUUGCUAUUGAUCUUCUGGGAGAUAGUGCCAAAGACAACUCCUGAUGGCAAGCUCAUGCAGGAGAUGAUCCUUGUCUGUGAUGCAUACAGGAAGGACCUGCAACACCCAAAUGAGUACAUCCGUGGGUCUACGCUGCGCUUCCUGUGCAAGCUGAAGGAGCCGGAGCUGCUGGAGCCCCUGAUGCCAGCUAUCCGCGCUUGUCUUGAUCACAGGCACUCAUACGUCAGGCGGAAUGCUGUGCUCGCCAUAUUUACCAUAUAUCGUAAUUUUGAGUUCCUGAUCCCGGAUGCACCUGAGCUGGUGGCUAACUUCUUGGAGGGCGAGCAGGACAUGUCCUGUAAGCGCAACGCGUUCCUGAUGCUGCUGCAUGUGGACCAGGAGCGAGCGCUGUCGUACCUGUCGUCCCGGCUGGAUAACGUGCACACCUUCGGGGAUAUACUGCAGCUCGUCAUUGUGGAGCUCAUUUAUAAGGUGUGUCACGCGAACCCGUCGUCGCGGUCGCAGUUCAUCCGCACGGUGUACGGGCUGCUGAACGCGGGCAGCGCCGCGGUGCGCUACGAGGCCGCCGGCACGCUCGUCACGCUCUCCAGCGCGCCCGCCGCUGUCAAGGCUGCGGCCGCGUGCUACAUCGACCUGAUAGUGAAGGAGAGCGACAACAACGUGAAGCUGAUCGUGGUUGGUCGGCUGGCGGCCCUCAGGGAGGAGGCGCGGGAGGCAGCGGCGCGAGCGUUGCCGGAUCUCGCAAUGGAUGUCCUCAGGGUGCUAGCUUCUUCAGACCUUGAUGUCAGGAAGCAUACUUUACAGCUGGCGUUGGAGCUGGUGAGCUCCCGGCACGCGGAGGAGCUGGUGUCGGUGCUGCGCAAGGAGGCGGCGCGGGCGACGGCCACGGAGCACGACGACGCCGCCAAGUACCGCCAGCUGCUCGUGCGCGCCAUGCACCGCGCCGCGCUCAAGUUCCCGGAGGUGGCGGGCGUGGUGGCGCCAGCGCUGCUAGAGCUGGUGGGCGACGGCUCGGAGCCGGCCGCCCAGGACGUCAUGCUGUUCCUCAGGGCUGCGCUGCACUCCUUCACCGACCUGCGGCAGCAGAUAUACGAGAAACUCCUGGAGGCGGUGCCUGCGAUCCGCGUGGGUAAGAUCGCGCGGUCGGCGCUGUGGCUGCUGGCGCAGUUCGCCGACACGCCCGAGAGGGCGCUCGCUGCGCUGCAGAUGCUGGCCGACGUCAUACCCGCGCCCACUAACCACGAGGAUGCUGAAAAGGAAGAGAAAGAGUCAGCCCAGGCCAAGCCUGACACGUCAGCUCCGCGCCAAUUGGUCACCAGUGAUGGUACAUACGCUUCGCAGUCUGCAUUUAACUUGCCAGCCGCGGCGUCGGCGCCGGCGGGCGGGCUGUGGUGCGCGCUGUCGGGCGGCGAGGGCUUCACGGCGGCGUGCGCGGUGGGCGCGCUGUCGCGGCUGGCGCUCAAGCUGCCGCGCGCGCGCGACGCCAACCACGCGCUGCACUGCGCCGCCGCGCUGCUCGCGCACCACAAGCUGCACGCGCCCGGCACCGGCAGUGCCACGUCCGGUCUAACAGCAGACGACUCUGAACAAGCGGCCGCGCGCGUACGUGCGGCGGCGGCCCACACUGCACUGCCUCCUGCACUGCGCAGUGCGCUGUUGGACGAGCCGGGCCGCGCAUUGGCUGCACUUCUAGCACUGCCUGAUGCCGCGCACUUGCUCAACCCGCUGCAACAAGAGCGGCCGAGCAGUCGCAAGGAUCAGCACGUGGAGGUGGAGCGCGGCAUCGUGUUCGGACAGCUGGCCGGCGCAGGCGCCGCCGCGCCGCAGCACGACAUGUUCGAACUCGCGCUGCACAACGCCGUGCGCGGCCGCACGGCGGGCGGCGGCGAGGAGCGCGGCAAGUUGUCGAAGGUGACGCAGCUGACGGGGUUCUCGGACCCGGUGUACGCGGAGGCCAUCGUCGCCGUCAACCAGUACGACAUCGUGCUCGACGUGCUCGUCGUCAACCAGACCGACGACACGCUGCAGAACUGCACCGUGGAGCUGGCGACACUGGGCGACUUGCGGCUGGUGGAGCGCCCCGCGGCCGUGGUGCUCGCGCCGAGGGACUACGCCACCAUCAAGGCGCACGUCAAGGUCGCCUCCACAGAGAACGGCAUCAUAUUCGGCAAUAUUGUAUACGAGGUGUCCGGCGCUUCUAUGGAUCGGGGCGUGGUGGUGCUGAACGACAUUCACAUCGACAUCGUGGACUACAUACAGCCAGCUGUCUGUAGUGAUGCGGACUUCAGGCAGAUGUGGGCCGAGUUCGAAUGGGAGAAUAAGGUGUCAGUAAACACAAAUAUAACAGACCUGCAUGAAUACCUGCAGCAUCUCCUCGCCUCUACAAACUUGAAGUGUCUCACGCCUGAGAAGGCGCUGUCAGGGCAGUGCGGGUUCAUGGCGGCGAACCUGUACGCGCGGUCGAUCUUCGGCGAGGACGCGCUCGCCAACCUCAGUAUCGAGCUGCCGCUGCACCGCGCCGGCGCGCCCGUCGUCGGACACGUGCGCAUCCGCGCCAAGAGCCAGGGCAUGGCUCUCAGCCUAGGUGACAAGAUCAACAUGAUGCAGAAGGCGCCGCAGCAGAAGCCGCCGGCCGACCCCACGCCCGCCGCCUGAGCGUCCCUUCCCUCUAAUGUUAAUGUAGGUUUAUAUUAUUGUAUUACAAUAUAUCCAUUAUUUACUUACAAUUAUUACGUUGGUUUCAUUCAUUUAAGAUGUACCAAUAUUGACCCUGGGACUUUUUUGACCCAUUGGGGUCAAGUUUGACCCGUGUCUAUUUUAAGUUGAUUUAUAAAUUAAUGUAAGUGUAGGAGUAAGCGAUACAAACAUACAUUUAAGUAGUAUACACAAAUAUAAUUUUAAAUGCGUUAUGAAUCUAUAAUUAAGUUUUCAGACAAAUUUUAUUUCAAACUUCCUAUUUUGCUUUAUUAUUAUUUCGUGUAAAUAAAAUACUAAUACAUUAAAUAUGUUAUAAUUUAUUGGAUAAUAUCAGUAUAUCCUGAAUCAUGUUAUUACGCACCAUAAUAAUGCAGUUUUAAGGGCUUAUUCCAUCAUUCAAGGUGCCAAGUGUAAAAAAAAUGAAUAUUAAAAAAAACACUAUAAACCAAAAAAUUAUAGUAUAUUUACUAUACUUAUUUGGUCUUGAAGACUAUAUUUCUGAUCUAUUGCUGGCAACAGUCAAUUUAUAAGACUGGUAAGUGUUCUCUGGGUGAUAUUUUAAAAUACACUUUACCUCAUAGUAUUUUCGAUCAUCGGUAAAACGAGAUACAGUUCGAUCAUUAGUGAAUAGAGUUUUCACCCAUAACUAUAUUUGGAUUUCAAACAUUUUUUAAGCCAUUUUUGUGUUGGUAGUGUUGGUUUCUACGAAUAAUGACAUUUUGUAAACAGUUUAUAGAUUAAAAUGAACCUUUUACAAAUGA